ACUAUUCUUUAUCGAAUAUGAGUGGAACAAUAAGAGACCAGCCAUGGGGUACACAAGUAUUAGAAAGCACAGUCUCCACAUGUUGUCCUCAUCGCCGUGUCAAUCGAAUGGCAUGGCAUCAGGGUGGCAUCUUGGCCCUGACAUAUUUGGCAUACACUUGUUAUCAUAUGACGCGAAAGCCAAUAUCUGUUGUCAAGAAUGUAUUGAGUCUUAACUGUAGCAGUUUGUCACCACCUCCAAAUUUUUUAAUUAAUAGUACAAAUAGAGAUACAUGGUGUGAUUGGGCUCCAUUUGAUACCGAAGAUGCUCCAGCAUUACUUGGCAUGUUAGACUCUGCAUUUCUGUUCACGUACGCAGCAGCCAUGUUCCUCAGUGGUUUUAUAGCUGAAAGAGUAAACCUACGUUACUUUCUUACAUAUGGUAUGCUUGCGUCGGGUAUAUCAUGUUAUCUUUUUGGUAUUGCUAGGCCAUACAAUAUUCACAGUUUAUGGUAUUUUGUUCUAGUUCAGGCAAUUGGUGGUGUCUUUCAAACGUCAGGUUGGCCAGGUGUGGUUACUGUUGUUGGAAAUUGGUUUGGAAAAGGAAAACGAGGUUUAAUCUUUGGAAUAUGGAACUCUCAUACAUCAUUGGGGAACAUUUUGGGUAGUUUAAUAGCUGCUGAAUUCGUGGAAUCUGAUUGGGGAUUAAGUUUCAUGGUACCUGGAGCCACAAUGGGCUUAGCAGGAUUUAUAAUAUUCCUAUUUCUAGUGCCCAAUCCCAUAGACAUAGGAUGUAUUCCACCUAUUCCUCCUAGAUACAGGAAAUUUGAUGCUACUCACAGUUCGGAUGAAAGCAGUGGUAUAGAUGAAUGUGAACAUUUCAGUAAUGACAUUGAAGAUCGUCUCAUCUAUCGCUGCGCCUACCGCGAACAAGUUGGUGUUGAUGAUUUUGCAAGUACAAGAUCUGAAACUAGCCCGAUAUUAUCAAGACAUAGGCGUGUACAUGAUCAUCAUAGAGGAAAUGCAAUUGGAUUUGUAGGAGCUAUGAAUAUACCUGGUGUUAUAGAAUAUUCUCUUUCCUUAUUCUUUGCGAAGCUUGUAAGCUAUACAUUCCUGUACUGGUUACCAUUGUACAUUGCAGCAACAAAUACUUAUGGCGCCACAUUCAGUGCAGAUCUUUCAACUUUAUUCGAUGUCGGUGGAAUUGCUGGUGCAAUAGCAGCCGGUGUUUUAUCCGAUUAUACUGGCAUGAGUGCUCUAACAUGUGCGCUUAUGCUUGGAUUCGCGGUUCCCGUGUUGUUCAUAUAUGACUACAUUGGAAGCACGGGUCUAGGCAUCAACAUAGUAUUACUAGUAUUAGCAGGACUAUUGGUCAAUGGACCGUAUGCUUUGAUAACAACUGCUGUGUCAGCUGAGCUAGGAACUCAUCCUAGCCUAGGAGAUAAUUCUAAAGCUUUAGCUACAGUCACUGCUAUCAUCGAUGGAACAGGCAGUAUCGGUGCUGCUGUAGGGCCAUUGUUAGCAGGCUUGGUGUCACGUUGGGGUGGUUGGCAUAAUGUAUUUUAUGUGCUCAUGUUCGCAGACAUGCUCGCAUUGUUGCUUUUAUCAAGAUUGGUUUACAGAGAUAUCCAAAUGUACAGACAACGACGACGAGCUGUGUAACUUUAUUCUCGUUUGUUAGACAAAGGAUAAAAUGAAUAUAUAAAUAAAUAAAUAAA